UAGACAAAUCAACAAACAAACCAAAUAAAAAGAACAAAAAUGUUUCAACAAUCAUCGUCAAACGAACAGUUAGAAUCGAAGUGUUCGCUUAGGCGAAGCGAUUCAUCACCAACAUUUAAACGAAAUAAAGAUGGAUCACUAGAUGAUAAAUCUGGUUCUGCUUUAACGGAAUCAUUGUCAUCAUCAUCAAUUAUUAGUACAGGAGGUAAUCAACAUCAUUCAAAAGAACAACAACAACAACAACAACAACGACCUGAAUCCAAUGAAAUCACUGUUCAUUCAAAUGCUGGUAGUAAAUUAACUAGAUCUGGAUCAAAUCAAAAUAAUUCCAAUCAUAGUAAAACACGACAUUUAUUUCGUCGUUCAAUAGCUGAAAAUGAUAUUGCAAUGAAUGAAUUAAAUCAUAAUAUACCUGUAACACUUUCACUGCAAAUAAAGCAAUCAUCGCCUUCAUCAUCAUCAUCAUCACAUAAAACAAAUACAGCGACAACAACAACAACAGCAAGAAAUUCUCGUGCCAUUAUACCACAUAUUCCGAAUGGUCCUCCAAUACCUUAUCGUCGUGUUCCGUUACGACAUCAAAGUAGUUUGAAUAAUGAUGAUGAUAAAAAUCAACAACAACAACAACAACAACACCAACAUGAAAUUCUUAAAAAAUCUUCAUCAUCAACAUCAACUUCAUCAUCUGUUUAUCAAACACAACAACAACAAUCUUCAAGUGGUCUAAUGAUUAUCCACAGCGAAGAACAACAAUCAGCAACUACAGGCCAUAUGGAGAAUUGA